GACAUUAGGCCUACUGUAUUACAUCUAUUUCAUAUCGUGUUUGAGUGGUCGCAAGAAAUGCUGCAAGCGCGACCGCUCCACGCUGCUCGUGCCGGAGCUCGGGGCGCAAGCAAACGCUCGAUUUGUACUCGCGCGGUGUCGGCACCCGCAAAGCCCACCCCUAAACUCACUGGCGAAGCCCGUUCGCACGAGACCGAUGUGGUUGUGAUUGGAAGCGGCAUUGGAGGGCUGUGCUGCGCGGGUUUGCUGGCCAAGUACGGAUACAAGGUGACUGUGUGCGAGUCGCACUACAUCGCGGGCGGCGCGGCGCACGCGUGGGAGCGCGAUGGCUACCACUUUGAGAGCGGCCCCUCGCUGUACUCGGGCAUGGCGGGUCGGGGUAAGGAGGCGAACCCCCUAGGGCAUGUGCUACAGGCUCUGGGCGUUGAGCUGGACCUCAUUCGCUACAACACGUGGAAUGUGGUCGUGCCCGAGGGCACCUUCCUCACGAGGAUCGGUAACGACAACUUCGUAGAAGUCCUGAAGCAGAUCCGCGGCCCCGAGGCAAUGGCGGAGUGGGCGCGGCUUCAAGAGGUGAUGCGGCCGCUUGCCAAGGCAGCAACCAUGAUCCCGCCCGCCGCGUUCCGCUACGACCCCGGCGCGCUGGUCACCGCCAUCGGCCGCUACCUGCCCUCGCUCCUUGAGUCCGGCCCCAACGCCGCAAAGCUUUCGGGGCCCUUCGCCGGCGUGUUGGACGGCGCCAACAUCCGCGAUCCAUUCAUCCGUAACUGGCUGGACCUGCUGAGCUUCCUGCUGUCGGGCCUGCCGGCCAACGGCACCGUGGCGGCCGAGGUGGCAUUCAUGUUUAACGAGUGGUACCGGCCCGACUGCUUCCUGGAGUUCCCAGUGGGCGGCUCGCAGGCGAUGGUGCAGGGCCUGGUGGGCGGCAUGGAGAAGUACGGCGGCCGCCUGAUGCUGAGCAGCCACGUGGACAAGAUCCUGCUGGACGACAAGGGCAAGGCCUCUGGUGUGGCGCUGCGCGGCGGCGGUACCAUCAAGGCGCGCAAGGCCGUUAUCUCCAACGCCAGUGUGUGGGACACGCUCAAGCUGGUGCCUGCGGACCGGCUGCCGGAGCAGUGGCGCCGCGAGCGCGCUGACACGCCCGCCUGCCCCUCCUUCAUGCACCUGCACGUGGGCUUCGACGCCAAGGGUCUGGAUCCCGGCCUGGAGCUGCACCACAUCGUGGUCAACCGGUGGGAGGGUGGCGUUGACCAGCCACAGAACGUGGUACUCAUUUCCAUCCCAUCGGUGAAGGACCCCUCCAUGGCGCCGGCCGGCAAGCACUGCCUACACGCCUACCUGCCAGCCACGGAGCCCUAUGAGAUCUGGAAGGGACUGGACCGGCGCAGCCUGGAGUACGCCAAGCUCAAGGAGGAGCGCAGUCAGGUGUUGUGGGCCGGCGUGGAGAAGGUCAUCCCCGACAUCCGCAAGCGCGCCGAGCUGUCCAGUGUGGGAACGCCGCUCACGCACGAGCGCUUCCUGCGCCGCCACCGCGGCAGCUACGGCCCAGCCAUCCAGGCCGGCAAGGCGCUGUUCCCGGGCCCGACCACCCCCAUCCCCGGCCUCUACAUGACGGGCGACUCGACCUUCCCCGGCAUUGGGCUGCCGGCUGUGGCGGCCAGCGGCACCAUUGCCGCCAACACGCUGGCCCCGGUGUGGGACCACUGGAAGCUUUUGGACGAGAUUGGCCUGUGAGCUGUAACUCGGGCUCUGAGUGCAGGUUUGGAUGAUGAUGGAUGGUGAUUGCGGCAUCGUGGUGGGACACUGUGAGUGCCGAAAGUCAGAGCAAGACCGAAGCUGUAUCGUUACUUGAACUAAAACGACCGAAUGAGUGAUGUUGGGGCGCAUCCUGUACAGCUGUCAAGACACGGGUUAAUGUGGUGGUGCGGGCAGUGAGGGCGUGUGAGCAAGGAGAGCGGCGGGUGAGCGCAGGUGAGUGGGGGUCAAAGCAUUACACACAGGUGCAUAACUUGCACGGCCGCAAACAAGGAGGUGGCUGCCUUAGGGAGGCAGGAAAAGGGCUGAGCCCUCCCCUCCCGGGUCGUUAUCAACCCAGCCCACCUUGACGCGGGCGCCUACUAAGCACACGCA